AUGGUGGCUGCAAGAAUCGUGGUUGAUCCGUUGACGAGUGGUGGUUUCAGAACCGUACAAGCCGCCAUUAAUUCCAUCCCUUCCGGCAACACCAAAUGGACUACCAUUGAUAUCAAAAAAGGCAUUUACAGGGAACAAGUGAUUAUUCCUAGUGAUAAGCCAUUCAUAUUCCUGAAAGGAGCAGGAAGUGAAAGCACCUUCAUUUCGUGGAAUGGUCAUGGCGCCAUUAACGAAACCGCUGCAUUCACAUCUAAAGCAGACAACAUAGUCGCCAUGGACAUAUCGUUCAUUAAUACUUUCAACUUUCCCCCAAAGGAUAAUAAAAAUCAGAUGGCUACGGCAGUGGCAGCUCAAAUUCAAGGCGACAAAUCGAUCUUCUACCAUUGUGGAUUCUUCGGAUUGCAGGACACACUGUGGGAUGCUCAAGGCAGACAUUACUACAAAAGUUGUACCAUUGCAGGUGCCGUAGAUUUCAUAUUUGGUGCUGCCCAAUCCUUGUACGAGAGCUGUACUAUAUCAGUAACUGCAGGGUCCUUAAACGGACCAGGAUACAUCACAGCUCAAGGGAGAGAGCACCCUAAUGAUAGGAAUGGGUUUGUGUUCAACAACUGCAACAUAGUUGGGGACGGGAAGGUGUAUCUUGGAAGGCCGUGGAGAGCUUAUGCUAGAGUCCUCUUUUACAACACGCAAAUGUCCGAUAUCAUUGUCCCUCAAGGAUGGGAUGCAUGGAAAAGCACGGGCCAAGAGAAUCAAUUGUCGCUAUCGGAGUAUAAAUGUAGGGGUCCAGGUUCAAUGAAUUCAAGGAGAGUCAUAUGGGCGAAGAAACUGAGUGAUGAAAUGGCUAACAACUUAGCCACCAUGUCCUUCAUUGACAAUCAUGGAUGGGUUAAACGAGCGUUUGAACAUCUCAAUUAA